AUGACAUUUAUGGAGAAUAAAUCUGAAGUGAAUGAGUUCAUCCUUGUAGGAUUAACAGAUGCCCCAGAGCUUCAGAUUCCUCUCUUCAUAAUGUUUGCCCUCAUCUACCUAACCACCCUGGUAGGGAAUGUGGGGAUAGUAACACUUAUUUCCUGGGAUUCCUGCCUCCACACACCCAUGUACUUUUUCCUCUGUAACCUCUCCCUGGUGGAUUUUGGCUACUCUUCAACUAUUAUUCCCAAGGUGAUGACUGGACUCCUCAGAGGGAACAAGAUUAUUUAUUAUAAUGGAUGUGCUACCCAGUUGUUCUUUGCUGCUGCCUUUGCAACUAUUGAAAGUUACAUCUUAGCCUUCAUGGCCUAUGAUCGUCAUGCAGCUGUGUGUAGGCCUCUACAUUAUACCACUACCAUGACUUCAAAAACGUGUGCAUAUCUGGCCAGUGGGGGUCACAUAUGGGGUUUUCUGACCUCCUCCAUCUUCAUAGGAAAUAUUUUUAGUCUUUCCUUCUGUAGGUCCAAUGUAAUCCAUCACUUUUUCUGUGAUAUUCCCCCUCUUUUAGUUCUCUCUUGCUCAGAAGUUCAUACCACUGAGUCAAUAAUCUUUAUUUUGGGAUCAUUCAAUGCUUUUUUCCCAUUUCUUGUCAUUUUUACCUCUUAUUUGUUAAUCUUUAUCACUGUCCUGAAGAUCCGUUCUGCUGAAGGCCGCCAGAAAGCUUUCUCCACUUGUGCUUCCCAUCUCACAGUAGUGUUCAUAUUUUAUGGGACAAUCAUCUUCAUGUACUUCCGACCCAGUUCAAGCCAUUCAAUGGACUCAGACAAAAUGGUGUCAGUCUUCUACACAAUGAUCAUCCCUAUGUUGAAUCCUCUUAUUUAUAGUCUGAGGAACAAAGAAGUCAAGAAUGCUUUUAGGAAAGCGGUUAGGGGACAGCAACUUCAACUCAAUCAUCCUUUUUAUUAG